CACCAUCAUUUACAUCACUAACAACACCACAACUCCAAUUCACAAGGCCGUCAUUAUGGCGACCAAAGCAUUCUUUGAUCCCGUGGCCGCAUUGCGAGCGGCGCCGUUGCUCACAUCAACUUGCACCCUCUGGUGGGCGUGGGACGAGCACUUUUUCCUAAGCAUCUUCAACAAGCCAGAGAUCCGCAGCAAAAGCAAUGAGCUGCUGCCGUCGUAUUUCAAAGACUUUUUCGAGGGAGGAUUGAACCGGACUCUGGGGCUUCUUACACUCACCAUUUCAUCCACCAUGGCUACUUGUUUUGUAAACCACAACUAUCACUGGGCCAACAAGUCUCUGCGGUGGUACACAGCCGGAAUGGUAUUGACCGCCGCCCAUCUCGUCUUUGUGCCGGCCGUCGCACCAAAAAUUAAGGCAAUUGUUGAAGACACCUCCAAGGGAGAGAGCACCAAGGAUCUGGAGGGCUGGCUGAGCGUGCACACGAUUAGGUCUUUGACGGUUGAUUUGGCGGCAUGGGUUUGCUUUGUCAUUGGCACUGCGCGCGAGAUCCAAUCCGAUUGGGACUAAACAGGUUGGAAUUGGAAAUUAUUAUCAUCUACUCUUUCUGGUGUCUAGCUGGUAUUGUCUCUGGAUGGAAAGAGGUUGGCUGCUUGGAUCCGAUGAGAACGCACACAACACCCUGUAAUAUAGCUAGCAGCCGGCAUCUUGAUAAGCUUCAAAGGAUUUAAAAAAAAAAAAAAACACUAUUGAACUCAUUUACCUAGUACUUUAGUUAGCGCUCCUUCGUGUG